AUGUCUUCCUCAAGGCUGCUGGUAUCAGGUGUUGGAUAUGAUCCUGCGGUGGGACCACAAUCUACUGGGCCACAGGUCCAACAGUUGGCGACCUCUACGUCUUCUCUCAAACGCCAAUUUUCGGCAUCGGGAGGCGCGCAUUCCAGCAUUUUCGACAAAAACCUACACAGGGCUAAGCAUGACAUAAGUCUAUCAUCCUUGUGCUAUUUAUUCGGUGAGAUUGUUUCGUGGUGUGACUCGAAAUCGAGAGGAGUACAGCAGUUGGAGAGCAGGCUCAAUAAUCUAGGAUACUCUAUUGGAAUCAAAUAUCUUGAACUGACAAGCUUGAGGGAGAACUUUGCUAGUGGAAAUAUUAGUUCCUCGAGCAAAUCACAUGCCACCAAGAGGGAAGUGAGGAUUCUGGAGAUAUUGCAGUUUAUCAACAGUUCGGUGUGGAAAGGGCUCUUUGGCAAAAUGGCAGACAAGCUUGAGAAAUCACAGGAUCUGGCAAACCAAUAUAUGAUAACUGACAAUCUUCCUCUGAUUUCGAAAUACAUAUCGGUUCCAAAGGAGUUUCAACACUUGAACUGUGCAGCGUUCGUGGCAGGUAUAGUGGAGGGCAUUCUUGAUUCUGCCUAUUUCCAGGCCAAUGUUAGUGCACAUUCUUUUCCUGAGCCGGGGUUGCCUUUGAAGACUGUCUUUGUGAUAAAUUUUGACGAUAAGGUUAUCAAAAGAGAGUCCAUGCGGUUUGAGAGGUGA